CAAACGGCUUGGCUCCUGCGCUCGCUGGCUUGCGUCCCCGAUGCUUCAUUUUCCGUCCUCCCUCCAGUCAACAGCAGGCGGCAGCGGCAGCGGCAAGCGGGAUACGCUCAACGCCACGCAGCAGAAGCGCGCGUCGCACCCUGUCCUUCUCCAGAUCGAGAACGAGCUGCACGAUGCGCGCAGGGUGCACUCGCACGGCCAGGAGGACGACCUGCGGCAGGCGCUGGACAUGGUCAUCAGGCGCCUGAGUGAGGUGUCCGGCCUCCUCGCGCAGACCUUCAAGACGCAGGCGGACCUCGAGGUGCAGCUGAACGUGACGCAGUCGAACCUGAAGAUGGUCAUCGCGAACAACGAGAUGCUCGAGGAGGCGCUGCGCAACAACGCGGGCGCGGGGCGCGACGUCGGCUGGCGGCGCGCGAAGCCGCAGGAGGGCGACUCGCGCCACGCCUCCCUCGACCAGUCGCAGGCGCCCUCGCGCUCGGCCUCCAUCGACGGCGAGGCGUCCCCUCAGCCAGCGGCAUCGCAACCCGCACCCCAACCCUCCCCCGCCCCGGCCCCCAGCUCCGAGAGCAGCUCCGCCGCGUCCUCCCCGUCCAUCCCGGCCAAGUCGCCGACGCCCGCGCAGCAGGAGAGCCGCUUCUUCAAGUUCCGCUUCGGGAGCUCCAGCACGAACUUGGCGCGCACGGCGUCCAGGCCGGAGACGCCGAGCGUAGCUGCGAGCCCGAAUCCCAACGCGCCGCCGGUGCAGCAUGCUACGAGCGUGUCGCUGCCGGUGGGCGCGGAGGCGAACGCGGUGAGGGAGAAGGAGCUGGAGAAUAUGCUGGCGGAGCUCGAGAGGAGGCGGGCGGAGUGCGAGAAGGAGAGGCGGGCGAGGGAGGAGACGCUGCGGCAGAAGGAGGCACUGGAGGCGGAGCUGGAGAGCCUCAGUCAGGCUUUGUUCGAGGAGGCAAACAAAAUGGUCGCGUCCGAACGCAUUAAAGCAGCGGAAACUCUGGAAGAGUUGCGCGAAGCGAUACAAGAGAAGGAAGCAUUACGGAGUGCUCUACGUCUGAUUGAGCGCGAAAAUAGACGACUACGUGAUCCCGAUGGUGCAACGUCCGACAGCGAUUCCACAUCCUUUGACACGGACAAGUCAACACCACCGACUUCGGAGAACGGAGGGAUGUCAUCGGAGAAGGGACGCAUACCAUCGCCCAUCGUAUUCCACUCGCGGUCGUCGUCGAAUGUCGGGAUGAAGUCCGUGCCGACAUCGCCUACGUUGCGAGAGAACAGGGCGUCAGUGAUCUCGAUGCUCAGUGCUAUCCGCGUGCCGGUGGAUGGGGCGGAUGGGGAUCGGGCGGAAGAUGCAUCGGCGGCUGUGGAGGCUCCCGUAGCAUCGGCAGAGGGUAGCAACACGCCGACGAUUGGCACCCGCCCGGACACCCAUGCCUCACCAGCGCAGGGUACAUCAGCCGAAACUACUCCACGGCCGAACGAGGAUGGAGUGACUGCCGCUCCGGGAGCCAAAGCGGCAGUCGACGUACCCCUACCCGCCUCCCCUGAGCCCGUAGAGGAUGGCCCGACCCCCGAGGAGAAGGCAGCGCGCCGCUCUCUCGAAGUCCUCCGCCAGAUCGAACCGGAGACGUCGCCAUGGACCGCGGAGGAGUCGCGAUGGGCAGCGAUGGCGAGCAUGUAAUGCUCGUCUCGCCCGCCGUCUUUGUGAAUACGACCCUGUCCCUUUUCGUGUCAAUAUUUCCCCUGACUUACACCAUAUACCACCCUGCAUAUACGCUUCGGUCGGCUGCGCCACCACUUGCUUCCUUUGACUUCCCGGACGUCUUCCUCAGGGUUUCUUCCCUCUCGUUCAUCUGCAUAACCUACGCAUCGAUGCAUUGCAUGCACUUGUAUUAUUAGUCCAUAACUACAUACGACGUACGAUGGAAGGAUAAUUAUACUGUUUGACGGUCUCCGCGCUUCUUAUGCUUGGGGCCGUAGGUGAGAAUCCUCGCCUGGCUCUCUGGCGGUGGGCGGUUGUUUGGUAUUGUUGACGGUCGAUUUAGUCCGAAUCAUUCC